GUCCAUUCACCCUCCAGCACUGCCAAACAUCAGCUGUGACUGCAGAGAACAGACGCUUCUGACAGAUUCUACUGGAGAAACGUUUGGACUCUUUGUCUACAGACAAAAAACGUCUUGCAGGCUCUUCUACAAACCCACCCAUGGCAACCACUGGUCUCCAGGUUCUGGGUCUGCUGCUGUCACUCACAGGUUGGGCAGGCGGGGCCCUGGUGUGCGCCGCCCCCUGGUGGCGGGUGUCUGCAUUCGCCGGGGAUGAGCUGGUGGUGUCCGAGGUGCUGUGGGAGGGUCUUUGGAUGACCUGCCUGUCACAGUGGGGAAAGGUCCAGUGUAAGGUGUUCGACUCUGGCCUGGCUCUUUCAGGCUCUGCCCAACUGUGCCGUGGUCUGACCGUCCUGUCCCUCCUCCUCUGCCUGCUGGCCUUACCGUUGGCUGUGGCUGGCCUAAAGUGCACCCACUGCCUGGGUGACCAGCAGGGGCCCAAGGCCAGUCUGGUGCGAGCGGCUGCCGUACUCUUCGUCUUUGCUGCUGUGGUCUUCCUUCUUCCCAUCACCUGGACUGCGUACGUGGUCAUCCGAGACUUCUAUGACCCCAACGUUGCGCCACCACUCAAACGCGAGCUAGGCCCUGCAAUCUAUCUCGGAUGGAUCGUGGCAGUGGUGAUGCUGGUGGGCGGGGCUGUGCUCUACAUGGGCUCCACCUCCACCAGUGCUCCACCCAUUAUUUCCAGCUCUGGGAGGAAUAAUCCAGAGCCUGCGACGAUGGAGGACAAAGCAGCCAAGGCGUAUGUGUGAGGGAGGUCGGCAUGAGCUCCUGACAUGGGACCGUUGGGACUAAAGAGAUAGUUUGGUCAAAAGAGGCUAAUUUACAGGAUUUUCCCUUUAAUGUAGCCGAUCAGUCAAGACAUGUUUGAUGUUAGAAGUUUGGUUCUUUAGUUUUAGAGCUGGAGCUGCAGGGCUAAAGUAGCUAACAAGCAAGGAAAGCUUAUAACCCACCAAUUGGCGUCAUGCAAACUGAGUUAAGUACUUUUUAAUAGACGUGCUUAUGAUCUUUCUGAUAUGAUGAGACACUGUGAGCUGUAAACAUGGAUUACAGUACAUUAGCAGAGCUAGACACAGUAGAAAUCUUAAGCCACUUCAUUUUCGGUUUCUUUUAUCCAUGUGUAUAGAUAAUAGUUUGUCGGCCUACAGUCAGUCUACAGCUUUCAGCUAAAGGGGGAAUUUGUGUAGUAUCACUUAAAAAAAUUAGCCUUAUAAUAUCAGAUUGUUCGGAGCCUCAAAUGUUUAGUUAUGACUUUAUUUAUAGGGAUCCAGGUCUAGGUUAAUUAAACACUUGGUUGGUUUAAUAUGUGAUAUUUGUAUUUAAAAACACUUACAAAUGAAAGUGUGUUUCUAUCGAUUUACUUAAACUUCUUAUUUAUGUAAACAGUCACUGUACAGUACAAAUAAUGCGUAAUUAGUGUGAUUAGUGGGGAACUUUGACUAUUACAGGCCUCAGUUUAGGCCUUAAACUGAAAACUUGGCCAAAAACCCAGUUCAUUUCUGCUGGCACACCUAGGGGAUUUCUAGUAGUAUGUUAGCAAUAAGCCAAAUCUGGUGUGCAAGAAUGUUUUUAGCACUUUCUUGAUAGUGAUGUACCUAGAACUUUCAAAAGGCCUAGAGCAGUGCUCACCAGCCCUUGUGCAGGAGAUCUACCUUCCUGUGGAGUCUAGUGCCAACCACAGCCUGCCGCACCUACUCUAGCUAAUGAACUUCUUUAGACGUCCGUUGGCUGGAUCAGACGUGUCAAAUUGAGGUCCAGAAAGUAAAAGUUCUUCCCAGGAUUUUGUUCCAACAGGCUGGACAGCUCUGCUGGUGGUGUGAUCUAACUAGAGAAGCCAGCCUGUUGGAACAUAAUUCUGGGAAGGACUUUUACUUUCUGGACCUGAAUUUGACACCUCUGUGUAUUAGUGUUAAGUAAAGUGGCAAAGUGGGCGCAACACUUUAGGUGCAGGUUGGAACUCAACUCUGUAGGAAAGUUGACCCUCCCUGAGGAGGGCUGGUGACCACCGGCCUGGAAUGAUAUUCUUCUCACGAAGUUGGUCCCAUUAACUGUGAAUCAAAGUAGAGUAUGAAUGGCUGUUUCCACCAUCGGUUCCUAGGUAAUCUAACAUGUAAGGCCUCUAGUCCAGCUCCUGGAGUCUUAACCAUUCGCUUGGUUGUGUCUGCUUAGAUACCACAGAUGAAAAAGUCUUGAUGACACGCAUGUGGUUUGGCCAUUAAAUCAUUAGGCCUCUCUGAAGGCCUGGAGGGCUCUAAGGGUUUCCCCAUAGAUUGGUAUACAGUGUCUGGACCUGCUCUGAUUGCUUCAUACGGUUGUAUGCAAAAGUUUGGGCACCCCUGGUCUGUGAUCAAAUGACAUGUUUGUAAGUGAAAAUGAGCCUUAUGUAAGCCUUUUUUCACACGUUUUCACACGCAAAUUUCACAAUGAAUGCGCCAAAGGAAAUGGCCCAAAAUUAUUCGGACAAAAUUUCU